AACUUUAGUCUCAACUUGAAUUUAAACUGCAAAUAAAAUUGCAUUGUAACUAAGCUAAAUUGUUGAACUUUAGAUAUGUAUACGUAGGCAUACGUCUGGUAUGUAAAGCACACGAAAAGGCGCAUAAUUAAAGGCAAAUAUUCACGUCAGGGGAAUUAUUCAGUAGGAUUUGAUGGUGCCCAAUAAAUUAAGCGAACGUGCAAUGUGCACUAAAUUUUCGAAUUCUAUUUGGCAACUGAAUGGAAUAUAAAGAACAAAUUAAAUAAAUUUAAAACUAGUCGUACCAGAACUUUUACAUCGAACAACCGCAAAUUCGGGACGUGGUAGAAAGCACAAAUAAUUAUCGAUAUGUUUGAGGUUUUCAAUAGGCCGCCUGCAGAUCCCGUCCAGCUUCCACUGGCUGUUGGCCCAUGGCCAGUGAUUUUAAUAGUGACUGGCUAUCUGCUUUUUGUGCUUAAGCUGGGGCGCCUUUUCAUGGCCAACCGAGCACCCUACGAUCUUCGAGCCGUACUCAAGGUCUACAAUUUGAUACAAAUCGUGUACAAUGGCACUCUGUUCUUGCUGGCUACAUUCGGCAUCUUUGUGAUAAGACCCUAUGACAUAGAAUGUAUAAUGGUGUUGACACCGGACAAUCCCUUUAAGAAAGUGGAGCGCGUCCUGGCCUAUGCGUACUUCCUCAACAAGAUACUCGACCUGCUGGACACCGUUUUCAUAGUGCUGCGCAAGAACUACAGGCAGGCCUCGGUGCUGCACGUCGGGCACCACGCGGCCAUGGUACUGGCCGUCUACAGUGGACUCCGAUUCUAUGGCUAUGGUGGACAUUUAGUGCUGACGGGCUAUCUUAAUGUGUUCGUGCAUUGCGUGAUGUACAUCUACUAUUACAUAUCGUCCCAGAGCCAGUCUGUGAAGCAGAACCGCUGGUGGAAGCAGUACAUCACCAUCAUGCAAAUGCUUCAAUUCCUGAUUGUGAUAGCGCACAGUAUUUGGACUUUAAAUCAGCCCAGCUGUAAACUCUCCCUCUACCCAGUUGCCCUGGUUCUGUUCAUGGGAACGGUCAUGUUCAUCAUGUUCAGCAAUUUCUAUGUGCACACCUACAUUCUGCCAAAGAAGAACAAGCAGGAGUGAUUCCUAGCGUCGAGUUUUUAUGGUAUCUUCUUUCUAGUCGUAUGCUCGAGCGCACUGUUUUAUUAAUUGGAAUUAAAAUAAAGUACAAAUUUUGACACAAUCCGGCCCAAAUCGAAAUUUCUUAAUCAGAGCACAUUUUUGGUUUUAGUCCCGAAACACCUUAAUAUUUACAAGAUUUAUAAACAAUACUCAAACUAUUUUGUAAACAUAAUAAAA